AUGCCUUCUCCACCAGAGAAUUAUAUAGCUCAAUUGAAGGGCGCCAAUACAAGCACUUACGCUGAUGCUACUGCCAGCGCCAGUGCCAGCGCCGUGCCCGAGAAGCGGAAACGUACUAAAUACGCGGCAAAAGCUUGCAUCGAAUGCAAACGGCGAAAGGUCAAAUGCUGCGGCGAACAGCCAUGUCAGCGCUGUCGGCGGCGAAUGAUGGAUUGCGUGUUUGCGCCGGAUGACGCGACGGAUAGUCGACAAAUCGAAAAACUACUGGAUCAAAUCCAAAAAAUGCAAACCCAAAUCGACACCUUAACCGGCACAGUAGAAUCAUUCAAUUCAACAAAUCCAGCAUCAUCACCACCUUUAUCCUCAGCGCAGAAGCAGACCUUGCAAGGCACGAUAUCUUCGCUUCAAAGCAAAAAUCUGUCGUCAUCAUCGACAACAACGACAACAACCGGCGAAAACAUUUCUUACCAUGGACUGACUACGUCUUCAUUCAACUUUGACAUUGCGCAGCAGACCCUGCGGAGUAGAGGAAUUACCGAAGCAGGAAAAUCAGCCAGUGACAGUGAUGAUGAGGAGGAGGAGGAUAAUGGUCCAUCGCCAAUGCCCGCCCCAUCGCUGUCGCCGCGUCGAGACCGGCAUCAUCAUCGAAGGUCUUCUAUCGACCCAUUAUGGGGCAUCAAUAGGGACGAAGCUAUAAGGUUAUUUCGUAUUUACGAUGAAGAAAUGGGUAUUAUGUAUCCGAUACUGGAUCCGGAAACGAUCAUAAAUCAGAUCAAUACGCUUUAUACCCACCUCAGGCCGUUUUCCGAGGCUGCUGCUGCUCAAACAAGCAAACAAGAACAGCAACAACAACCACUUUCAGACGAAGAUAUCAACAUUCUCAAACUUGUUUUUGCAUGUGCAUUGACUGCUGAAGCGAAUGGGAAGAGCGAGUUGGCAAUGAGCAUUUUUCGUGGGGUCAGGGAUGUUGCUUCGCAUUUGGUGUGGAAGCGUCCCAGUAUAAAGAGAUUGGUGAUUAUCACUCUUGUGUCAAUAUAUUACUUCCAAACGGAUGAAGAGUCAAUCGCAUGGAGAACUGUCGGAAUAGCUCAACGAUUGUGCUUGGAAUUGGGUCUGCAUCGAUCAGAGACUUACCCACAGCAUGCUAUUAUAUCAUAUGGAAAGGAAGAAAAGGUAUGGAGAUUCAUCACCUCAUCGAGCCACAGCAACCACCACGCCCGAAAAGAAAAAAUGGCAUACCUCGACUGGCAAGUAACGCAGUGGUACAACUCGAUACCGGAGUUCCUCAAACUACCACACAGCAACACACCAGCCAGUAAUAGUACCAACAGCAGCAACAAAAUCCAGCACGACCAACACCCCCAGCAAGACAGCAUCCGAAGCAUCUGGCGUCUCAAAGCACUUCUAUACCUACGUGCAAGUCUAAUGAAAAUCCUCAUCUACCGCCCCAUCCUCCACACACCAGCACUCGUCGCACAAUCCCCCGUCGAAGCAUCGACGGUCGUCGACAUCGCCAGGGAUAUGAUACGCUUCAUAACACACCUCAACCAAUCCACAGACAUCUACCAACUACAGCAGGUAGCAUUCAACUGGUUCCUAAUCUCUGCACUAGCAGUACUAUUCCUCGCCGUUGCGCAUGCACCCGCUCAGUUUACAAGCCAGUGCAAAGACGAGUUUUAUAUGGCGCUCGGACUGGUUGAGGACUUCUCAAUCCAUUCGUAUAUUUCGCAGAGAUUGUGGAAAUCGAUCAAGGGACUGCGAAGAUUGGCGCCUCAGAUUGGACUCUGGUCUCAGAAUCAGCAGCAGCAGCAGUAUCAACAACAUGUUUCACCGGCAACACAACCAGCGAAAGAUGAAAACAGUCAUUCACCCAGCCUCAUCAGUACUCAGCUCACAGGGCCCAAAACUGGCAUUAAGAUAGGAGUAGAAGGGAAUAACGCCAUACCAACCCAACCACAGCCACAACCCGAAACAAAGCCAGAACAGACAUCCAUGCUCAAAAAGCAAGAAGAAUCAGCAAUACCAGACUUCGCCUCCCCAAACGACUUUCUCCUCACGGACGGAACGCAAGUGAGCCGCGAACUAAUGGAUUGGUUCGAGGCAAUCGGCGCACCGAAUCCGGCAAUCAACACCAACAUGGGCGAUGCCACCACCGCAGCACUUGAUGCGCAGGCAGGAGGGUAUACGAAUAUGAUGACCACGGCAACAACGACAAUAGACCCGUGGCCAGUUUCGGAUGACUUUAUGUAUGGGUAUGGAAGUGAGCUUGCGGGGGUCCUUCGGGGUUGUUUUUGA